AUGGGGAAAAAAAAGGGCGACCAUGUAUGGCUGGACCCUCCCUCUGCAAAUGAGACCACUGUAGCCAUUGGGGGCAUCAUCAAAGAAACAGAGUCAGGCAAGGUCUUGGUGGAAGAUGAUGAGGGGAAGGAACACUGGAUCUGUGCAGAGGACUUUGGAAGCCUCAGCCCCAUGCACCCUAACUCAGCACAUGGUGUGGAUGACAUGAUCCGCCUGGGGGACCUGAAUGAGGCAGGCAUGGUGCACAACCUCCUUAUUCGCUACCAGCAGCACAAGAUCUAUACAUACACUGGCUCCAUCCUGGUGGCAGUGAACCCAUUCCAGGUGUUGCCCCUCUACACCUGGGAGCAGGUACAGCUAUAUUACAACCGCCAUGUGGGUGAGCUGCCUCCCCAUGUCUUUGCCAUUGCCAACUGUUGCUACUUCAACAUGAAGAAGAACAAGAAAGACCAGUGCUGCAUUAUCAGUGGUGAAUCUGGGGCUGGGAAAACAGAGACUACUAAGCUCAUCCUGCAGUUCCUGGCCACAGUCAGUGGCCAGCAUUCCUGGAUAGAGCAGCAAGUCCUUGAGGCCAAUCCCAUCCUGGAAGCCUUUGGAAAUGCUAAGACAGUUCGAAAUGACAAUUCAAGUCGCUUUGGAAAGUACAUUGACAUCUACUUCAGCUCUAGUGGGGUGAUUGAAGGUGCACAGAUUGAACAAUUUCUUCUGGAAAAGUCCCGGGUCUGCCAUCAGUCCCAGAAGGAGCGGAACUACCAUAUCUUCUACUACAUGCUGAUGGGAAUGAGUGCUGAGGAGAAGAAGCUACUGUGCCUGGGAAUGCCUUCUGAGUACCACUACCUGACCAUGGGCAACUGCAGCUCCUGUGAAGGCUUCAGUGAUGCCAAGGACUAUGCUCACAUCCGCUCAGCCAUGAAGAUUCUUAUGUUCUCUGACUCCGAGAAUUGGGACCUCAGUAAGCUGCUGGCAGCAAUUCUCCAUCUGGGAAAUGUGGAGUUUAUGGCUUCCAUCUUUGAGAACCUGGAUUCCUCAGAUGUGAUGGAGACGUCUGCCUUCUCCAUUGUGAUGAAGUUGCUGGAGGUGCAGCACCAAGCACUCCAGGACUGCCUAACCAAACACUCCAUCAUCAUCCGUGGAGAGUUUGUCACUAGGCCCCUGAACAUCAACCAAGCUGCGGAUCGGAGGGAUGCCUUUGUCAAGGGCAUCUACGGACAUCUCUUCCUGUGGGUUGUUAAGAAGAUCAAUGCUGCUAUCUUCAUACCACCUUCCCAGGACCCUAAACAUGUACGGAGGACCAUUGGUCUUCUUGACAUAUUUGGCUUUGAAAAUUUCCAGAGCAACAGCUUUGAGCAGCUCUGCAUCAACUUGGCCAAUGAACACCUGCAGCAGUUCUUUGUACAGCAUGUCUUCACUAUGGAGCAGGAGGAAUACCGCAUGGAGAACAUUACUUGGAACUACAUCCACUACACUGACAACUGCCAUACCUUGGAACUACUGUCUCUCAAACCCAUGAGCAUCAUCUCCCUCUUGGAUGAAGAGAGUCGUUUCCCACAGGGGACAGACAUCUCGAUGCUGCAAAAAUUGAAGAGUGUGCAUGCACACAACAAAGCCUUCCUGGAACCAAAGACCAUCCACGAUGUCCAAUUUGGCAUUGCCCAUUUUGCUGGCCACGUGUAUUAUAAGACAGAAGGUUUCCUGGAGAAGAAUCGAGAUGUAUUGAGCACAGAUAUUCUUACACUGGUUUACUCCUCCAAAAACAAGUUCCUGAAAGAAAUCUUCAAGCUGGACACUGCAGAAACCAAGCUGGGCCCUGGGACCAUCCACCAGACCCAGGCCAAGAACCAGCUCUUCAAACUCUUUGACCGAGAACUGUGCAUUCGUCAACUACGCUACUCUGGCAUGAUGGAGACAGUGCAAAUCAGGAAGUCAGGCUUCCCCAUCCGGUACACGUUCCAAGAGUUUUCACAGAGGUUCCAAGUCCUGCUGCCCAGCGCCUUGAGAAGGCAGCUUCAAGACAAGUUCCAUCAAAUGGCCCUACGUAUUGCUGACAUGUGGUUUGGCACAGACAAGGACUGGAAAAUGGGGAAAACUAAAAUUUUCCUGAAGGAUCACCAAGAUAAUCUGCUGGAGAUACAGAGGAGCAAGAUCCUGGAAACAUCAGCCAUCCUCAUCCAGAGGGUUCUGCGGGUCUACAAGGACAGGAAGGAGUUCCUGAGACAGAAGCAAGCUGCCACAACCCUCCAGGCUAACUGGAAAGGCUUCAGCACUCGGAGGAAUUUCAAGCUGAUCCUCCUUGGAUUCGAGCGCCUACAGGCAAUUGCACGGAGCCGGAUACUGGUAAGGCAGUACCAGGCCACUCAGGAGAGGAUAGUCCAUCUGCAGGCCCGAUGCAGGGGCUAUCUGAUGCGCCAGGCAGUCAAGGACAGGAGAAGAGCAGUAGUGGUCAUCCAGGCGUAUGCAAGGGGCAUGGCUGCUCGUCGGAGUUUCCAGCAGUGCAAAGGCAAUGGACUUCUGGUCAUCCCAGCUGCACAGCAGAAGGACCCAAGACCCCUCCUUGCCAAAAAACGAAAGUCUAUCUAUGACACCAUCACAGACACAGAAAUGGUGGAGAAAGUGUUUGGCUUCCUCCCUUCAAUGAUUGGGGGACAAGAAGGCCAGGCCCCAUUGGGCUUUGAGGAUCUGGAAACAAGGACUGAGCUGUUACCUGAGAUAGACCUGGAUACAGUCCCCUUGGCAGAGGAGCCAGACCAGGAGUUAGACAACCUCACUGAGUAUACCUUUCCCAAGUUUGCCGCAACCUACUUUCAGAAAUCUGCCAGCUAUACUCAUAUCCAGCAACAUCUUCAACAUCCGCUGCUCUACCAUGAAGAUGAUAUGGACUGUUUGGUCGCACUUGCUGUGUGGAACAUCAUUCUGAGGUUCAUGGGGGAUCUUCCGGAGCCAGUGGUUCUUUCUGGGACCAGUUGGCAUGGCAAUUCAGUGACAUGGCAAGUUCAGGACAAGCUGUGCAUCCAGGACAAGACCCAGUCUCCACAGCAUGGCAGCUCUGCAAAGGUGACCAGCCAGCUGAGAGUAGAAGAGAAAGUAUUUGAAUCUGAUGGCUCCGUCUCAGACCAACCCAUGUCAAAUCUGGAGAAGGUACACUUCAUUGUGGCCCAUGCCAUCCUACGGCCCAGCCUCAGAGAUGAGGUGUACUGCCAGAUCUGCAAGCAGCUCUCGGAGAACUCCCAAACAAGCAGCCUGGCUCGUGGCUGGAUCCUGCUUAGCCUCUGCGUGGGCUGCUUCCCACCCUCGGAGAGAUUCAUGAAGUAUUUGCUGAAUUUCAUUGGUCAAGGGCCAGCAGGCUAUGGACCUUUCUGUGCUGAACGUCUUAGGCGCACCUGUGUCAAUGGAGUACGCACAGAGCCCCCCACCUGGCUGGAGCUGCAGGCUGUUAAGUCAAAGAAACAUAUCCCAGUCCACGUCAUCCUGGUGACAGGAGAGAGCCUAACAGUGAUGGUUGACUCAGCUUCCACAGCACAGGAAGUCUGUAUGCACAUAAGCCACAGGAAGGGCCUCGACGACCACCUGGGAUUCUCUCUCCAUGCUGCUGUAUACAACAAGUUCUGGUCACUAGGUAGCAAGCAUGACCAUGUGAUGGACGCCAUUGGCCAGUGUGAACAACUAACUCGGGAGCGGGGUGAGAGUGAGCGCAAGUCACCCUGGCGCAUCUACUUCCGGAAGGAGUUCUUCACCCCCUGGCAUGACUCCAGGAAAGAUGCUGUCAGCACCGUGCUCAUCUAUCACCAAAUUGUCCAUGGAGUAUGGUCGGGUGAAUACAGCUUUGAGAGGGAGGAAGAGCUGGUGGAGUUCCUGGCCCAGCACUGCUACGUGCAGUUCAGCACUCUGGCGAGAAGAGAGGCAAUCCAGGAACUGCUGCCCAGAUGCAUCCCUGCCAAGCUGUACAGGACCAAGCCACCUGAGAGGUGGGCCAGCCUUGUAGCUGCUGCCCACGCCAAGGCGCAGUAUACUCAGAAGCAGAUGGCAGCACUGGCCGUCCAGGAGGAGGUGGUGGACACAGCCCGGCUGCACUGGCCACUGUUCUUUGCUAGGCUGUUUGAAGUCACCACGCUCUCUGGUCCCCAGCUACCCAAGGCUCUGCUUGUCUUGGCUGUAACCUGGAAGGGAUUGUGCUUCCUAGACCAGAGAGAAAAGGUGCUGUUAGAACUUUCAUUCCCAGAGGUCACAGGUCUGGUCACUAACAGGGCGGCCAAAGGAGGGCAGAGAUUGACACUCUCCACACUGCAUCAAGAGGAGUAUGAAUUUGCCACCCCAAGCAGCGUGGCCAUUGCAGGUCUGGUGGCCAUGUUCCUGGAAGGACUGAAGGAGCGGUCCGUGUUUGCCAUAGCCCUGCAGGACAGGAAAGCCACAGAUGAUGCCAACCUCCUGACUAUCAAGAAGGGUGACUUGUUGAUCCUGACAGAGAAGCAAGGGCUGCAGGCCUCUGAGAACUGGAUUCUGUGCCAGAGUGACAGGAUGGGCGGUGUGGGGCUGGUGCCCGCAGAGUGCCUCUACAUCAUCCCGACCAUUGUCAAGCCCUCAGCAAAGCUGUUGAGCCUGCUGGUCAUGUCACCUGAGAAGCGGAAGCUGGUGACCCCAGAGAGGCAGCUUGCAGAACCCUCACAUGAAGACCAGCCCCAGGGGAAGCCACACACCUUGGAAGAAUUCUCCCAUGAGUUCUUCAGGGCUCGAGAGAAGGAGACCAACAGCAGAGCUGCACUGCCCCUGGCCAGGGCCCAGGGCUACCUGUGGGCCCACUCCUCUGAGCCACUGAGGCAGCCGCUUCUCAAGCACGUCCACGCCAAUACCGACCUGAGGGACUGCGCCUGCCAGACCUUUAUUGCCAUCCUCAGGUAUAUGGGUGACUACCCCUCUCGACAGACCUUGUCCUCCCUGGAGCUCACAGACCAGAUCUUUGCACCAGCACUCCAGGAGGCGACCCUGCAGGAUGAGGUGUACUGCCAGAUCCUAAAGCAGCUGACACACAACUCGAGCAGGCACAGUGAAGAGAAGGGCUGGCAGCUGCUGUGGUUAUGCACAGGCCUCUUCCCACCCGGCAAGGCGCUGCUGCCCCAUGCCCAGAAGUUCCUGGACACUCAGAAGAAGAAGCUAUUGGCACUUGAUUGCAGCCUCCGAAUCCAGAAAGCCCUAAGGUCAGGGCCCCGGAAGCAGCCCCCUCACCAAGUAGAGGUAGAGGCUGCCGAGCAGAAUGUCACCCGCAUCUGCCACAAGGUCUACUUCCCCAACGACACCAGCAAGAUGCUGAUGGUGAGCACCCACAUGCGGGUGCAGGAUGUCUGCCACAACAUUGCAGCCAAGCUGCAGCUGGCCUCCUGGGAGGGCUGCAGCCUCUUCAUCAAGAUCUCUGACAAGGUCUUCAGCCAAAAGGGGGAAGAUUUCUUCUUUGACUCCUUGAGACAAGUAUCUGAUUGGGUGAAAAAGAACAAGCCUCAGAAAGAAGGGGCCCCCACGGUGCUUCCCUAUCAAGUGUUCUUUAUGCGGAAACUAUGGCUCAACGUAGUCCCAGGGAAGGAUGUGAAUGCAGAUGUCAUACUCCACUACCACCAGGAGCUGCCCAAGUACCUGCGUGGGUUCCAUAAGUGUUCAAGAGAGGAUGCUCUACACCUCGCUAGUCUCAUCUACAAGGCCCACUUUGGUAAUGACCGGUCCUACCUGGCUAGUGUUCCCAAGAUUCUGCGACAACUUGUACCUGAGAACCUUAUCCGCCUGAUGUCUUCAGAGGAAUGGAGAAAGAACAUCCCUUUGGCUUAUGACAAACUUGUGGAGAAGAGAGUGGAAGAGGCCAAGGUGGCCUUCCUGAAGUGGAUCUGCCAGUGGCCCACGUUUGGUUCUGCCUUCUUUGAAGUGAAGCAAACUUCAGAGCCCUCCUAUCCAGAAAUUGUUGUCAUUGCCAUCAAUCGACAUGGAGUUCUGCUCAUCCACCCCAAGACCAGGGAGCUGCUUAACACCUACCCCUUCACUAAGAUCGCCAGCUGGAGCAGUGGCAGUACCUACUUCCACAUGGCACUGGGGAGCCUGGGCCGGGGCAGCCGCUUGCUUUGUGAAACCUCCCUGGGCUACAAGAUGGAUGAUCUGUUGACCUCCUAUGUGCAGAAGCUCCUGAGCACCAUGAACAAACAGCGAGGCUACCAGGCUUCAGCUCUGGCCAACCCCUAG